UAGGGAGUAACUGGAAGACACUGCUGCAGACGGAUGGUUUUUAAACAUGAACUUGCUCGGCUUCCAACUUGAAGGUCUAUGGAUUCGAACUCAAAUAUAGAAGAGAAGCUGCAGAGUUCAUUCAGGAAAUGGCUGAACGGUUGAACCACAACAUAGAGGACAACUGGCAAAGUGCAUCGCUUCAACAAGAAGACAAUUGCUUGGUUGCAUUUAUUUGGCUUGUACAUGUGCAGUUUAUGAAGUGUGAAAGAUUUGAGCCCAAUUGCUGUUGCUAUGGCCUACAAAUGCUCAUGAAAACCCGGCUUGAAAGGUUAUUUAAUAAGUUUAAGAAUUUUUUCAAAAAAAUUUUUUUAACAUGUCCAACUCGGAUGAACACACUCCUUGGUUGGGCGUUCCUGGCGGAGACAGCCAAGCAUUGGGCUUCUUUUGGUUGUGAAUGUUUGGAAGGAAGGAAGUCGUGA